AUGAGCACGGAAACAGAACCACUGCUACCUGUAUUCAAGGGCUAUGAAGAACAACACACUGCCCACGAGGCGGGGGUAGAUGAAACAAUCACCAGCAUGGCGCGAGCUCUAAAACGGCAGUUAACGAAGACAACCAUGGAUUCAGACAUUGUGGUGCAUCGCGGGCUGUUUCUGCAUGCUAUCGUUCUCAUUGAAAGCGCAUUGGACGGGCGACCACCGCCAGCCAAGACAGACCCCGCCUCCCUACGGUUUGGUUAUCGUACAGUGUAGUGUAUACUGCGUCUGUGAGCAUGCUUUCUGGCCAAGACUCGACCAUUUUAUUACAAUUGCACAUGUACAUAUGAUGUGUCUAUGGAGAGUUAUUACCCGCCGUAUUUCCUAAUUACUUUCAUAUUAGUCAGAAGUAUUCAUUUCUUUAAAUAACACAUUCCAGUAUCCCUCCCAGUGGUCGCACCUGUAGUUGCAUACUUUCAUAUUAAAAUAUUUAAUAUCGAAG